UAAAAAGUCUACAGAGGUAAGGAGUAUGUGGUAGGCCGGCCUUCCUGCCCCCGCCUCGCUGCGCCUAUGUCGCUGUCAAAAUUGUUAUGAUUUCUGACAGACGUCAGGUUGACAGUAGUUAUUUGAGGUUAGAGCUUCAUUGUUUGGGUUGGGCGUAUCUGUUAAUGCCAACACCACACUCAAAAAGUUCCGUGUUGUGCAAUUAAAAAAAAAAAAUUGUUUAUAAAUGUGUACCUGUUCGUUAGAUGUUGGAUGAUGUGAAGUUAUUAACUUUAGGAUCUAUAGCUGCAUUUCGAGGAAGAAAUAUAUUUUUAUCCCUAGGAAAAUGAGUUCUGAUGCCGAGAGAAAAGUUGCCUUGAUAACUGGUAUCAACGGACAGGAUGGUUCUUAUUUGUCAGAAUUUCUUCUGGAAAAAGGCUAUGAAGUGCAUGGCAUCAUAAGAAGAGCUAGCAGUUUUAACACAAGUAGGAUAGAACAUUUGUACUCAGACCCAUAUGCACACACAGGAGGAAGACUGCAUUUACAUUAUGGUGACAUGACAGAUUCAAGCUGUUUGGUGAAAAUCAUUAAUAAGACCAAACCAACAGAGAUAUACAAUUUGGCAGCACAAAGUCAUGUCAAGGUGUCAUUUGAUCUCAGUGAGUAUACUGCUGAUGUUGAUGCUGUGGGGACAUUGAGACUGCUUGAUGCAAUACGUACCUGUGGACUAGAAAACACUGCAAAAUUUUAUCAGGCUUCCACUUCAGAAUUGUAUGGAAAAGUAGUAGAAACACCUCAGAAUGAGAAUACACCUUUUUAUCCCAGAUCACCAUAUGCAUGUGCAAAGUUGUAUGCCUACUGGAUAGUGAUAAACUAUAGAGAAGCAUACAGCUUGUUUGCUUGCAAUGGUAUUUUGUUUAACCACGAGAGUCCCAGAAGAGGUGAAACCUUUGUAACAAGAAAAAUUACUAGGGGAGUUGCCAAAAUUCAUCUGGGUUUGUCAGAUAUUCUAGAAUUAGGCCACAUUGACUCAAAGAGAGAUUGGGGGCAUGCCAAAGAUUAUGUGGAGGCAAUGUGGUUGAUGCUUCAAAAAGAAAAACCUGAAGAUUAUGUGAUAGCUACUGGUGAAACUCACAGUGUGCGAGAAUUUGUUGAGGCUGCCUUUAGGUAUGUUGGGAAGGAGAUUGUUUGGGAAGGUAAAGGAGUCGACGAAGUUGGGAAGGAGAAAGAUUCAGGAACCAUCAGGGUGAAGAUAAAUCCAAAGUAUUUCCGACCAACAGAUGUGGGUUUUCUUUUGGGUGAUGCAACCAAGGCCAAAUCAAAGCUGAACUGGGCACCAAGGGUGUCAUUUCCAGAGUUAGUUAAGGAUAUGAUGCAGGCUGAUAUUGAUCUGAUGAAGAGAAAUCCUAUGGCUUAGCUGAAGAAAGCAAUGUUUGAAUUAUUAUUUUUAUUCUUUUUAAUAAUUAUGUAUUAUUUUUACACAACUUUAUCUUAAUAAAACAUUCCUGG